AGUUGGAGAAUUUUUCUUAAGGCAUAAUGUUCCCAGCAGUUAUGUCCAAUUCUACUUCUUUGUCUGAAGAAGCAAGUGUCUCUUCUGGCACAAGAAUUCAAGACUUUGGUGCUACCUUAAACCAUGUUGUUUCAACAAUUUCUCCUCAUCAACAACAACAACAACAACAACCUCCUCAAAAGAUCAAGAAAAAGAGAAGCCUCCCUGGAAAUCCAGACCCAGAUGCUGAAGUGAUAGCUUUAUCACCAAAGACACUAUUAGCAACAAAUAGGUUUGUGUGUGAGAUCUGUAACAAAGGGUUCCAAAGGGAUCAAAACCUUCAGCUUCAUAGAAGAGGGCACAAUCUUCCAUGGAAGCUGAAGCAAAGGAACAACAAAGAAGUGAAGAAGAGAGCAUAUGUUUGCCCUGAACCUUCAUGUGUCCAUCACAAUCCUUCAAGGGCUCUUGGGGACCUCACUGGAAUCAAGAAGCAUUAUUGUAGAAAACAUGGUGAGAAGAAGUGGAAAUGUGACAAGUGCUCUAAGAUCUAUGCUGUUCAAUCUGAUUGGAAGGCUCAUUCUAAAACUUGUGGUACUAGAGAAUAUAGAUGUGAUUGUGGAACCCUUUUCUCCAGGAAGGACAGCUUCAUAACUCAUAGGGCAUUCUGUGAUGCAUUGGCUGAAGAGAGUGCAAGAGUUUCAGCAAACCAGCAUCAAUUAAUCACAACACCUUCAAAUCCAUUACUCCAAUCCCUCUUCCUUUUCCCAACCCAAAACAACUUCAUCAAUCCAUGGGACCCACAAUCAUCUCAAGAAAACCCUAACCCUAAUAAUAAUAAUACACUUCUUCAUAACAUCAACAUUAAGCCUGAAGUUCAAAACUUUCACAUCCCAAAUUCCGAUAAUGCCCCUCCAUUGUUCCUUCACCAAAACCCCAGCAAGAAUAACACCAUCAUGAUGACGUCACCCUUCAGGAACAACCCGCACGUGCGCAUGCAACCACAAUCCAACAGUGCUAAUAAUGCUGCUGCUGCUGCCACGUCAGCACAUCUCUCAGCCACUGCACUCCUCCAGAAGGCCGCGACGGUGGGCGCGGCCGCCAUCACGGGCCCUAAUGCCUCACUUGGAGUUGGCCAGCACGUGACUCGUCACGUGACUGAGCUUGGCGACAUGACUCAGCUUGACUCGGUUCAUUUCAUGAACAACAUGGGAGUGGGAGGGUUUAACAACAACACAAGGAGCCUCAAGAGUAGUGAUGAUCUUACAAGAGACUUUCUAGGGUUAACCGGAGAUAACAACGGCGGAAGAGGCGGCAGCUGUGACGGAGGAAAUGCUGGCGCAGUUGACGUUAGCAUGAACGUGAAGGACAUGCUAACGUACACCGGAAACAUAGAUUACCAACAACAACACCACCAUCAUCUUCGACACCCGUUGUUUAAGUCACCACAACAAGGUUUUGGAUUUCUUGGAACAACAACUGCCCCAGAAUCAUGGGGCAAUUGUUGAUCAUGAUGCAAUUAUAUUCGAAAAAUUAACGCGUAGAUACAAAUCUAACAUCUCGUAUUCUUCGUUAUUAUGCGUGUAAAUACGAGGUGUUAGAGUUGUAUUUGCGCGAACCCAUUUCACAAUGCAAGAGUGCAAAACUAUAGGGGUAAAAUCGGAAACUGAAUAUGAAUUGUCACUUAUAUCCUUGUCAUGAUGAACGUGUAUUUCCUUUCUCUUUGAACCAGCUAGCUAGUUACAAUGGUUUUAAAUUGUUUCGAUUUUUCGUUAAUGAAUGAACUAUAUGCAUGAGUGUGAAUUUAUUUAGUUUUUAUUUUC